UUGAUGUUUACUGCAGAAUCCCCCCCGUGUUGCGCGGAAGAUUUUAAUCUGGCGGCUCUAAUUUCAUCUUGAGAUACUAUUAUCUGGCGAUGAGAUGACCACCGACCCUAUCCGUCCGGGUCUUCAUCCCUUUUCGCAUCUGAAGGCGGGCCCAACCACAUUCAGCUCCAAAUCAACAGCCUUGCCAGCUUCCUCGUCCACCCCGCCUCCCGCGCAGUUUUCGCAUCGACCGCAGCUAUUAAAGAACCCCGGCAAGGAUGAACAAAUCAGUGGAACAAGCGACAGGGCCACGACUGCCUUGAUCCGACGCGUUCUUUGCCCUCAGACAGGAAGUUAUAGCGGUGCUACUUCGCCGUAUGCCCCAGAGGAGCUAUUACCCCCGCUUACCAGCUCGAAUGACGUGGACCGUCAACUCUAUGCUCUCAUUGCCAUUAUUAUCAAGGAGUUUGUUACUUCUUGGUAUUCAAAAAUUACAUCGGACCCAGCACUCGUCAACGAAGCAGUGCAGGUGGUCGCGCACUGCACACGGGCCCUGGAACAGAGACUACGAGAAAUCGAUGUUGCGCAAUUGAUUCUUGACGAACUACCUGCAUUGGUAGAGGCACACAUUGCCUCAUAUCGACUGGCAAAAGAACAAGCUAACCUGUCCGGCUUUUCUCCCUCUUCGCGCGAAAUCUAUCAUGCAUUGAACCCACACCCGGGCCUCUGGCCGGUUCCAGACCCUUGCGAUCCUGAAACUAUUGUGCAGCAGCGGGAAAACGAAGCGGUAUACCGACGACUGUUGGCAGAUGGGGUUCUGGCGGUGCUUCUUCCAACUGAGGAACUUGAAAAUGCAUGUCUUCGGGCCUUGGUGACCGACAUUCUGGCGGACCUUGUUUUGGGAAAUGAAGUAAGUGGGAAGAUAUGUGAAGGCUGGUUUCUGUGGGAAAGUAUUACAAAGCUACUGGACACCUUAUCAAGGGAUAAGCCCCAAAAUAGAGAUAGCGGAGUCGAGAAAUCUCCACAGAACCGACUACAAAAAUUUGGCUUACUCUCGCCCAAAGACAGCCAGAGUAAUCGCUCAUCAUCUACAACCCAAUCACAGACUUCAAACUGGAUAUGGCAUCUUCUCCAGUAUGUUUAUUUCACCUAUGUGACUUUACGUUUCAUCGCUGCGGGCUUAUUUCGGAUUGCAUCGACGCCUCCGACGGCUUUGACUUCGGGGUCCACGACGCCUUCAGCUAGCCUUGUGGAAGAGAUACCCACUCAACACAGCAUAAUAGGGAGGCGGCCCGUGCUUAAUUAUCGACUUUACGGCAUGCUCUCACAGCUGUUGGAUAUUCCCCGGCGGAUGCCUUGGCUAGGAGGGCUGCUGGCGCUCUUUCAAUACUUGAUUCUGGCGGGUCCAGGUCAGGUUGGUGAAGUGGGUGGUAUUCUUGAUAGGUUCCUCCACGAAACCAUCCAGGAUCAUGUCCUCCCCCCCACCUUAUUACCCAAUCUUCUCCUCGCAUCCAGAGAGGCACUGUUCCCGCAGAAUGCUCGCCUUCAGCCUGUACUCGGCGUGAAUCGCUCUGAAGAGCCGACGGUGACGCUGAGGCCGACUCCGACUCCCCAGCAGCCGUUAACCGUCCCGAUUACGAGUACGACAACGACGACUGCUGCCAUUGGCAGCAGAGCGCCCACGCCUGCUCAUACAGUGAUUGGAACCCCCUCCUUAUCGCCAGGGCCCCAGCAACACGCCCAACAGGAACAACAGCGCCCCUCGGGCCCUGAAAUCGCCUUAAUCAGGCGAAAAUGCGCAGUUGGGAUUUUAUCCUUGAUUCCACGCCCAAUCGCCCGCCAUUUACUUGGCAUUUCUCCUUCCGAUUCUUCCGCGGAGUCUUUCUCUGGCCCUAUACUCAAGAACCAUAACCAAGACCAAGAGCACGACUCUGAUCCUGAAGAUUCCGCCUCACCUUUGAACAGAACCAGUGCAGAGAAUACCAACGUGAAAGAUCACGAAGAAUCUCUUCUCCUCAACACAAUCGAAACCGACAUCCUCGACUUAUUCGCAGACGAGUACUCUAACAAACACCUGAUAUACUCGAUUCUCGAAACCGUGCUUGCAAGGCUGCUCCCUGAGUUGUCGGACCGUAGUAUCGCGGAGUUAAUGGAGGAUAGAGGUGUUUUCUUAAAUGCUGCUGCUGCCCCUACUAGUAGCAGUCUAGCUAGCUAGCUAGCUCCCUAGCAAUAUAGCGUUCUAGUUAAUAUAAUUAAAAUU